CGCGCGAUUGGCCAGCGCGAGGUCUUACCGACAUGCAAAUGAGGGCGCGCGCGUUACACCCGCCCGGUGAGCAGCAGGAGAGCGCGCGGACAGCCGAGAGAACCGGGGGUGGAAUGCACACUCUGCACGAGCCGCGACUUUUCCAUACACACAGACAUACACACACACGUACACAUACACACACAUACACACACACACAACACACACACACACACACAGACACACACACAAUACACACACACACAUACACUCCUACACACACAUACAACUUUAUUUCGUUAAAUGUAGCCUAAUGUAGAGAUAUUACACAUGGACCGGAUUCGUUUGGCCCUGAUUUAGUCGCGUGAAACCGAUCAUCCGACAGCGUCUGAGCCUCCCGGUGUGUUACAUUUUUUUUUUUAUUUUAUUUUAUUAUUUUUUUUUUUACGGUUAUGAGGUGAGAAUGAGCACGAACACGCAGGACAAGUGCGCGAGCGCUCCGGUUUCCAGCUUCACCAUCCGCUCCAUCCUGGGCGCACCGGCGGACACGGGAAGCUCGGCGGACGCGGACAAGAGCCCCACGGCGGCGACCCCGCGGAAGCGCGCGCUCUCGGUGUCCGUGUCCUGCUCCGAGGAUGAGGCGAGCGGAGCGGAGGCGGAGGACGCGGCGGACUGCUGCUGCUCCGAGCCCGGACUUCCGGAGCCGUGCAGCCGGCACCGCGCGCUCACCUUCCCCUGCCUCGGUGCGACUAAAACUCUUCUCCCGGGACCGGAAGUGAUGGAUCGCGCGCACCAUCGUCACCUGGCGCAGUCGUUAUUACCGGAUUACCGGGAAGAGCAUCAGCGCGAGCGGGAGCGGGAGAGGGAGCGGGAGAGGGAGCGCUCGUGCGGUCGUGUGUCUCCCGUUUCCGAAGAGCAGCAGCGCGAGGGAGCGGAGAAGCAGACCGGAGGUGCAGGAGGAGCAGGUGGAGGUGUGGGAGGAGGUGGAGGAGGUGGAGGUGGAGGAGGAGGAGGGAACGCAGCGAAGAAGAAGACGCGCACGGUGUUCUCGCGCAGCCAGGUGUACCAGCUGGAGUCCACGUUCGACGUGAAGCGCUACCUGAGCAGCUCGGAGCGCGCGUGCCUGGCCUCGAGCCUGCAGCUGACCGAGACCCAGGUGAAGACGUGGUUCCAGAACCGCAGGAACAAGUGGAAGCGGCAGAUCUCCGCCGAGCUCGAGGCGGCCAACGCCGCGCACGCGUCCGCCGCGCACGCGCUCGUCGGCGUGCCGCUCGUGCUGCGGGAGAACUCGCUGCUGCGCGUGCCCGUGCCGCGCUCCAUCGCGUUCCCGACGCCGCUCUACUACCCCGGAAGUAAUUUACCCCCGCUGCCCUUGUACAAUCUCUACAACAAAGUCGAAUAUUAACUCUCCACGCGGCACAAACUAUUACUCAUCAUCAUCAUCAUCAUCACCUUCAUUAGCAUCAUUAUCAUUAUUAUUAUUAUAAUAAUUAAUUAUUAUUAUAAAUAUGGUUGAUGGAAUCCACAUUUAUACCUACAUUUCUAAUUAUGCAGCGAUGAAAUGACCCUGUGUGUAAAAAAACAAAAAAAAACAAAACACAAGAAGGAACAGAAACACAAAGGAAAUCAGCGGAGCGUCUCUUCUGUACAUGUCCUAUAAAAUACACCGUGUGUAUACUGGAUUAUUUUGUACGUUUAUUUACAUUUUCUGUCUCUUUAUUAUAACCAGUUUUACGCGUUAUAUGUGAGGAGGAAACAAACUGGAUGAACUUUAUGACUUUCUGCUUUGAAGGAAAAAGGAUUAAAAAAAUAAACGUGAGCGCUGAAAUGAAAAGGAUUUAACA